AUGGCCACCUUUGUGCAGCUCGCCACCAAAGCAAAGAUGCCCAUCGUGGGCCUGGGUACCUGGAAGUCUUCCCCAGGCCAAGUCAAAGACGCUGUGCGGACAGCCAUUGACGUGGGUUACCGCCACAUCGACUGUGCCUACGCGUACAGGAACGAGAGUGAAGUGGGGGAGGCCAUCCAGGAGAAGAUCCAAGAGAAGGUCGUGAGGCGAGAGGACCUCUUCAUCGUCAGCAAGCUGUGGGCCACCUUCUUCGAGAGGCCCCUGGUGAAGCAAACCUGUCAGAAGACCCUCACGGAUCUGAAACUGGACUAUCUGGACCUCUACCUCAUUCACUGGCCACAGGGGCUGCAGGCUGGGAGUGAAUUUGUCCCCAAAGAUGAGAAAGGCCAUGUCCUCCUCAGUAAAGCAACAUUCUUGGAUGCCUGGGAGGCCAUGGAAGAGCUGGUGGACGAGGGCCUGGUGAAAGCCAUUGGUGUCUCCAACUUUAAUCACUUCCAGAUCGAGAAGAUCCUGAACAAACCUGGACUGAAACACAAACCAGCGAUUAACCAGAUUGAGUGUCACCCAUACCUUACUCAGGAGAAGCUGAUCCAGUACUGCCAGUCCAAGGGCAUCGCAAUCACUGCCUACAGCCCCUUGGGCUCUCCAGACAGACCUUGGGCUAAGCCAGAGGACCCUUCACUGCUGGAGGACCCCAAGAUCAAGGAGAUCGCUGCAAAGCACAAAAAAACUGCAGCCCAGGUUCUGAUCCGGUUCCAUGUUCAGAGGAAUGUGGUUGUGAUCCCCAAGUCUGUGACCCCGAAGCGUAUUGCUGAGAACUUCCAGGUCUUUGACUUCCAAUUGAAUGAUGAAGAGAUGGCCACCAUACUUGGCUUCAACAGAAACUGGAGAUUCUGCAUGUUGAAGGAGGGGGCCGGUUUGAGAGAUUAUCCCUUUGAUGCAGAAUAUUGA